UGUGUUACCGAAGAACUAUUAAGAGUCGGUGCUAUAAAAUGCUCUCUUUAAUUGUACUGGGUGUAUUAGUGGCAUAUGUGUUGGUGACAUGGGUGAAUGUGCUUCGGGAGAAGAGAAGGAGUAGGCUGGACGGGCCGGCCCUCUUGCCUGUUGUGGGGUAUGGACAUCGGCUCAUCGGUUUGGAUUCCGCAGCUCUAGUCAGAGUGUUUGGAGAAUUUGCGAAAACGUACAAUGAUGCAGUCUUCUGUCAGAUCUUGGACGAGAGAUACGUCAUCUUCUCACACCGUAAAUAUGUCGAGCACAUCAUAUCCAGUACGGAGACCAUCACAAAAGGCCGAUCGUAUAAAUUCCUUCUUCCCUGGUUGGGACAGGGCCUACUCACGGCAACUGGGUACCGAUGGAAGUCCCACCGCAAGUUCCUGACUCCAGCCUUCCACUUCAACAUCCUGGCCAGCUUCCUGCCUGUCUUUGUCAAGACAUCCAGGGUUCUGGCGGAUAGGCUGCAGCAGAGAGCUGAUGGGGCCCCAUUUGAUCUGUUCCCGGUUAUAGCGUUAGCUGCCUUGGACAAUGUCACAGAAUCUAUCAUGGGAGUCUCCUUCAACGCUCUAAAGGACAGCGAGUCGAAAUAUGUCAAAGCUAUCGAAACGUUGAGCGAGAUAGUUUCUCUCCGAAUGCGUCACGUGCUCCUCGGAAACGACUUCCUCUUCAGCCUGUCUCCUUACAAGAAGACUCAGAAUGAAGCCCUGGAGAUCUUACACGGACACACGAGGAGAGUCAUAGAGACCAGGAGAAGGCAGCUAGAGAACGAGAAAGUGAAGAUUGACAAUGAUGAAAAUAUUGGAUUGAAGAACAAACAUGCCUUCUUAGACCUGCUGCUGCUCGCGGAGGUGGAUGGCAAGCCAAUCAGCGACGAGAGCGUCAGGGAAGAGGUGGACACCUUCAUGUUCGAGGGUCACGACACUACAGCAUCAGGCAUCGUGUUUUCUCUGUACUGCCUUGCUAAAGACGAACAAGCGCAAAGGAAAGUUUUAGAAGAGCAAAAGGCUAUCUUUGGUGAUGACUUGACCAGAGAACCUACUUAUGCAGAUCUGCAACAGAUGAAGUUCUUGGAAUGCGUUAUCAAGGAGGCGCUACGACUGUACCCCUCCGUGCCUUUCAUCGAAAGACGCAUCACACAAGACGUGGACGUAAUGGGUUUCCACCUAAGCAAGGGCACUUCCGUGAUCCUGAACAUCUUCCACCAGCAGCGCAACCCCGCCGUCUUUGAGGACCCCCUUCUCUUCAAGCCUGAGAGGUUCCUGGAGACAUCCAAGCCUGGACACGCUUAUGACUGGGUACCCUUCAGCGCUGGCCCAAGAAACUGUAUAGGUCAAAAAUUUGCGAUGAUGGAGAUGAAAGUGACGUUAGCGGCAAUCGUCCGACGGUUCCGUUUAGCAUCCGGACCGGAUCCGGAAUUGUGUGGCGCUCUCAUACUUAAGGCUACGCAGGGAGUGAGCAUCCGGAUUAAAUCACGAGUCUAA